UUGACAAUCUUGGACACCAUGUCGAGUGCCAAGCCUGUGCUGACGUUCGUGACCGGCAACGCCAACAAGCUGAAGGAGGUGGUGGCUAUCCUGGGCACCGACUUCCCUUUUGAGCUACGUAACCAGGCUGUGGACCUGCCAGAACUGCAGGGCGAGCCGGCCGAUAUCGCCAAGGAGAAAUGUCGCCUCGCCACCAAGCAGGUGCAGGGCGCUGUGCUCGUGGAGGACACGUCACUGUGCUUCAACGCGCUAAAGGGCCUGCCUGGCCCAUACAUUAAGUGGUUUCUAGAGAAGACAGGCCACGACGGUCUUAACAAUAUGCUGGCCGCCUACGAGGACAAAUCUGCCUACGCCCAGUGCAUCUUUGCCUACGCGGCGGUGGGUGCCGAGCCCCAGGUAUUUAUCGGUCAGACGCACGGCAAGAUCGUUCCAGCCCGCGGUCCUACCACUUUUGGCUGGGACCCAGUCUUCCAGCCGGACGGAUUCGACCAGACGUACGCCGAGAUGGAGAAGGCCACCAAGAACCAGAUCUCGCACCGUUACAAGGCUCUGGAGGCACUUAAGGCUCACCUUGUCAAGCCUGUAGAGAAGUAAAACUUUGUUAAUAUGCGGGCAAAUGCUCGUGGCUCUAAGCGUAGAACUCAGAUGAGCACGUCAAGUUAUCCGCAUUAUCGGAGUUAUCAUAUCGAUUUUUUCAGUCAUAAAAGUCAUUUGUUUUAUGUG